ACAUUCUUUAUUUUUAACCUCUUGUAGAUGGUUUCAUCCAAAUAUCACUGGGGUGGAGGCAGAAAACCUGCUGUUAACAAGAGGAGUCGAUGGCAGCUUCUUGGCACGGCCCAGCAAAAGUAACCCAGGAGACUUCACACUCUCUGUUAGACGAACUGGAGCAGUCACCCACAUCAAGAUCCAGAACACAGGUGACUACUAUGACCUCUACGGGGGAGAGAAGUUUGCCACGCUGGCUGAGCUGGUGCAGUACUACAUGGAACACCAUGGGCAGCUCAAGGAAAAGAAUGGAGAUGUCAUAGAGCUGAAAUAUCCCCUCAACUGUGCUGAUCCCACCUCAGAAAGGUGGUUUCACGGGCAUCUCUCUGGGAGAGAAGCUGAGAAACUCUUGACAGAGAAAGGAAAACAUGGCAGCUUCCUGGUGAGGGAGAGCCAGAGCCACCCUGGGGACUUUGUCCUUUCUGUGAGGACAGGGGAUGACAAGGGAGAGAGCAACGAUGGCAAAUCCAAAGUGACACACGUCAUGAUCCACUGCCAGGAUCUCAAAUACGACGUUGGUGGAGGGGAGAAGUUUGACUCUCUGACAGAUCUGGUGGAGCAUUACAAGAAGAAUCCCAUGGUGGAGACUUUGGGCACUGUGUUGCAACUCAAACAGCCCCUGAACACCACCCGCAUCAACGCCGCCGAGAUCGAGAGCCGAGUCAGGGAGCUCAGCAAACUGGCAGAGACCACGGAUAAAGUCAAGCAGGGCUUCUGGGAAGAGUUUGAGACCUUGCAGCAGCAGGAAUGCAAACUCCUCUACAGCCGUAAGGAAGGGCAGCGCCAGGAAAACAAGAACAAAAAUAGAUACAAAAACAUUUUACCCUUUGAUCACACCAGAGUUGUUCUCCACGAUGGUGAUCCCAAUGAACCUGUUUCAGACUAUAUCAAUGCUAAUAUUAUUAUGCCUGAGUUUGAAACCAAGUGCAACAACUCAAAGCCAAAAAAAAGUUACAUUGCUACCCAAGGCUGCCUGCAGAACACGGUGAAUGAUUUCUGGAGGAUGGUGUUCCAGGAGAAUUCCCGAGUUAUUGUCAUGACCACGAAAGAAGUGGAAAGAGGAAAGAGUAAGUGUGUCAAGUACUGGCCAGAUGAAUAUUCCCUGAAGGAGUACGGGGUGAUGCGUGUCCGGAACGUGAAGGAGAGUGCAGCACACGAUUACACCCUGAGAGAGCUGAAACUUUCCAAAGUUGGCCAGGGGAACACGGAGAGGACGGUGUGGCAGUACCACUUCAGGACCUGGCCCGACCACGGCGUCCCCAGCGACCCCGGCGGCGUCCUGGACUUCCUGGAGGAGGUGCACCACAAGCAGGAGAGCAUCCCUGAUGCAGGACCUGUCGUGGUCCACUGCAGUGCUGGGAUUGGUCGAACAGGAACUUUCAUUGUCAUUGACAUCCUCAUCGACAUCAUCCGAGAGAAAGGGGUGGACUGUGACAUCGACGUCCCCAAGACCAUCCAGAUGGUGAGGUCCCAGCGCUCAGGGAUGGUGCAGACAGAGGCCCAGUACAGGUUCAUUUACAUGGCAGUGCAGCACUACAUCGAGACCCUCCAGCGCAGGAUCGAGGAGGAGCAGAAGAGCAAGAGGAAAGGUCACGAGUACACAAACAUUAAAUAUUCGUUAUCGGACCAGACGAGCGGGGAUCAGAGCCCUCUCCCCCCCUGCACCCCAACCCCAACGUGUCCAGAAAUGAGAGAAGAUAGUGCUAGAGUAUAUGAAAAUGUGGGGCUGAUGCAGCAGCAGAAGAGUUUCAGAUGAGAAGAUGUUCAGAGCCUUCCAGGCCAAGGCAGACAUGAAAAUGGUUUUUAAAAAGGUCAAGAAAGAGAUGGAAGAAGCUUCACGUGAGCAGUGAACUCUGAGGGCUUGGUACCUUUUUAUUUACGGUUUUAAUCCUUCAGUAGGCAAAACUUCAGAGCAUCUAAAGAUUGUUUUUAUCUCUUCUCUCCAAUUUCCAAUUGCUCGUUUUCCAAAUAAAAGGAAAUCCUUUCUACAAGGUAGACAAUUACUUUGUAGAGUCAGUUUUGAAUCCUGCAAA